GUUCGGCCUGUUCCGCGGCCGCUCGGUCAUUUUCGCCUCUUUGUUGUACUGAUAGUGGAUUUAACUCGGAUUCAACCCAAUAUCCAGCGGACCGUGCUGCUCCCAAACAGGCUCCAAUGAGAGUCUCUCCAUGAUGAGGAGCUAACACUGUCGGCCGCACAACCGCAGGAAGAGACGUGGCCGCUGCAACCCCCCCCACAGCCAACGCAUGGCGGUGUUAGGGAACCCCGACAUGCUGACGAGGAAGAUAAAGCUGUGUCACAUCAACGCCCACAUCACAUGUCGUCUGUGUGAUGGAUACCUGAUCGACGCCACCACCGUCACCGAGUGCUUACACACCUUCUGCAGAAGCUGCCUAGUGAAGUAUCUGGAGGAAAACAACACGUGCCCCACGUGUAGGAUUGUUAUUCAUCAGAGCCAUCCACUGCAGUACAUCGGCCAUGACAGAACAAUGCAAGACAUUGUCUACAAAUUGGUACCGGGACUUCAAGAGGCGGAGAUAAAGAAGCAGCGGGACUUUUAUCAGAAGUUGGGGAUGGAGGUGCCGGGAGACAUUAAAGGAGACCUCUGCAACAUGAAGACGCAUCUAGAUCAACGCAACGGAGACACAAAAACAGAGGAGACGGUCCACAAGGAGCCGGGAGAGGAGAAACCAGAGGAGGACAACGACUAUCACCGGAGCGACGAGCAGGUCAGCAUCUGCUUGGAGUGCAACAGCAGCAAACUGCGAGGUCUGAAGAGGAAGUGGAUCCGCUGCUCGGCACAAGCGACCGUCCUGCACCUCAAGAAGUUCAUCGCCAAAAAGCUCAACCUGACAUCGUUUAAUGAGCUGGACAUUUUAUGCAACGAGGAAAUUUUGGGAAAGGACCACACUUUGAAAUUUGUUGUUGUGACAAGAUGGAGAUUUAAGAAAUCCCCCCUCCUGCUCCAUUACAGACCCAAGAUGGAUCUGCUGUAGCCAACACGGACACAACGGUUGUUUUGUCUUUUCUAUCCCGGUGGUCGCGGACUGUGCCGAAAACCUUUUUAAUUUAUGCAAAGACGAUCAUCCAACACCAAGCAAACACCCGACGGUAAAAGUCAACACGAGCCAGCUAAUCGGGAUUUAAAGGGCAUAGGGUGGGGGGUGGUGGGGGCGACUACAAAAAAAAAAAACUGGCAACCUCCAGCACAGAUACUGCAACACUGGUGUGUUUUUAGGAACUAAAACAACCUGUUUUCUUGUCCGCUACAUCCUAGAUAUGUGAACAAAAUGGAGAGUAAAGCAUAUAUUUAUACUUUUGUACAGAAGAGACACAUGGAACCAAGACACUACUGGUGCUCUGUUUACACGCAAACAAGAUGUCGGGGGAAUCACCGUCUUUUUUGAGCUCCAUGCAGAUUUCAUCCUCCUGAGACUGAGACGGGAGGAGGACGGGUCUUUUUUUUAUAUAAAAAGGUGUUUUUUUUGUCUUUCUUUCUUCAACAAUACACUCGACACAUCUUGGGAGCACAGAAAGAUUAUGGAAAGAGUUAUAUACCAGGCUGUUUCAAGUAAAUUGUCUCUGAUUUUUUUUUUUUUUUUUCUCAUUUCGUCGGCUUUGUCUAAUUUUUGCUUUUGGGUUCUUGAUGAUUGUCAAUUGUGAAUAGGCUUUAAAAAAUUGUGUAGUAAUUUAUGUUCUAUAUACCAAUAUUGUACAUAAAAUGUCAUUACAGAGAAAGAGAGACUGAAGAGAGUAAGAGAGACUUUAGACUGUUAGAAGAAAACAGAGUGGAUCCCAGAAGUGCUAUCUUACGGUGGCUAACGGGUGCUAACGUGCUAACGGCACAAAGCGCGUCCAUUAGUAGAAACGCGCUUCACUUUCAGAAAUGAUGCAAAUAUAAAAACACUAGUCUACAUGAAGAAACAUCUUCCCCAACCUGACGAAACAUGUGCGGCGUUUACUAAACUGCACGAAGCUCAAAACACAAUGGAAACGGGGACACUAAAACGUGACGCACACAGCUGGGACAGGUGUUGACGUUCUGGGAUUAUAAAGUUGGCCAACUGUCAAGGUCACUGGUACCUAAGCUAAAUACACAUUUUACCGUCUUAUUUAAUGAUAUGAUGACAUGGUUCCUACCGAUAUCAUUGUCGAUCUGCUGUAAGCUAGCUAGCUAAUGUAGCUAACCUAUUCAUUUCAAUUAUACUGAUAAAACACGUACAGCUGUGAGACAGUUGGCCAGUUUUAUAAAACGCCACCAAGUGCUCCGGUCCCAGCUGUGUGCGUCCCUUUUUAGUGUCCCCUGGUUUCUGUUGGGUUUUGAAGCUUCUUGCAACUUUUUUUUAAGAAGCAUUUAAGUAAAUUAUGCACAUUUGUUGUCAAGUUGGUGUUUCUAUAUUUGCAUUGCUUUACAAACUGCAGCACGUCUGUCCUAAUGGAAAUGUUUGUUGUAGCGCGUUAGCACCCGUUAGCCACCGUACUAUCUAUAUGUCGGGGGCGAUAAAUUAGGAUUUUUAAAGACAGACUCACUAUCAGUAUCAAAGUAUAUAGAAGCUUCUCUAUGUUGUCCGAGAAAGACAACACAAAACAGAUAUAUCAGAUCCUCUGCCAUGUGUGUGUAUGUUACAUUGAUCUCACAGCAUUACUUUAGGAAGAACGCUUCCCCUCAUCUCACCGGCCAUCCACCGUCUUCUUUCUUUUGGUUGUUUCAACGUCAUUAUCGACCAAUACAUGUUUAACAAUAUCACUACACUAACAAACAGAAAAGCCUGCAGGACAUAAAGCAUACAAUAUUCAGGCGGAAAUCAUUUCAAAAAGCAGGCUUUAAUAUCUGUCUCUGCAGUCUCAUAGUGACACACCCACAUGUUUACCGCUUUUGUUUGAGGAGCGAGCAGCAGAUGUUUGCACCCUUUAUAACAUGCAUCUCAUUCUGCUACAUUUUUCUGUCAGAUCUCCAUUUAAUUUGGACUUGCAAUUUGCAUAGCAGUCUCACUUGUCUUGCAGCUGAGUAGAGCAUCUCCCCCCCCCCCCGAAUUCAAAUUCUGGAGUAAAAUAUGGACAUUCCUCCGCCCACAGGAGGUGAAUAGAUUGGCGCAGGUUCUGACCCAGGUUAGCAUCUUCCUGGUUCCCUCGACAAGAACCAAUGGGGUUUUUCCAUUGGUGUUUUUGGAAUACUGCAGGAAAUAAUAUCUGUGGCAAACAAACGUUUAUGAUACUCACAUGUUUUGUUCAGCAGGAUAACCGCCACAUAUUAACACCACUUAAUAGUUGUUAAAGAAUAAGUGCAGUCGGCAGAAGUAGAACGCUAACGCUAUAAAGGAACUACAUCACGGUCAAAUAACUCCACGCCACCACCUCUAAGCUAAAGGUGGCUAACGUUGGGCUACAGAGGAACAUCAGCAUGGUCACAUGGCUCCACGUCGACCACCGCUAAGCUAAAGGCGGCUAACGCUUAUUCGUCUCAUUUAGACACCUUUUUGUGAGCAACCUUUGUUUGUAAAUUCACCAGUGAGGUAUUUUAUGCUGUAUCUUUAGCUUGUGUUUACCACAGACUUAUUUCAGAUCAAUGACAACAAACACAGUUCGAGCUGACUGGAAGUGCUAACAUGCUAACUCAUUUCUGGGCUUUAGGACUCAUUCCUGCACUCCUCUAUUAAGGUUUAGAAGGUGAGGGCGAAAAGUGAGUGUGAAGUAUCACAGACGGUCUGGUUUGAUACACAUGAGUAGAUUACUCGCAUCACAUGAUGAGUUUAAAGGACUUUAUUUUUCAGUUUCUUCUCACUGCCAGUCGGAGCUUCAGAUAUUGUUUAGAAUCGAUUCACAACUUGGAUUUUGUUUCUGCAGGAUAGCCAGUGUUCAAUAUAGUUGACUUCUCAACUACACACACAUUUCCGAGUGUUUUUAAGAACUCGUAAAUUUCAGGUUUCACACAGGGAGGUUUUUUGAGCAUUUUGAUAAUGAAAUUCUUAAUUAAAGUGACUCCCGUUGGGUCAUUUGGUGCUU